AAGACAUAGUCUGUAUCUUCCUCUUAUAAAAAGAAAAGUGGUUGACUUCUUCUUCGUCGUCUGUUUAUUUCUUAUUUCCAUUCCAACAGAAAGGUCCUGAGCUGUCUCCUGCUCUCUUGUCUCUCCUGCCCCUUUCUUCUUCAUGGUCCCAUCCUCUCUUCUCUCUUCAUUCUUCCUUACCUGUUUCCCCGCUUCCUUUUCAAACCAGACAGCUUGGCCCUAGAAAUCAGCCUCUGGGAUAGAGGGCAACAUAAGUGACACCUGAUGAUAGGCUGUUCCAGACUGGACAGUAGGGACAUGAAUUCUCCCAGGACGUAAUCUCAUCCGUGUGUGUUGUCCAGGCCCUUUCCCCGAGUCCCUGCUUCCCUUGGGGCUCUGUCCCACCAAAAAGGGAAAGAGACAGCUGAGGGCUGGUGGUGGGAUUUGGGAAAAGGAUGUGUCAUCCACUGGCUCCAUGCCUAUAAUGCAUCUGGCUGCUAGAGAUUCCCUUCCCCUGGGCAAGUCCCUCCUAUUUUUUUCCCUGUCUUUUUUUAAGGGAACAUUCAUCCAUCUGAGUCCCACUGACCGAGCUUCUGCUGAGUGGCUUACAGAACAGUCAAUCACACACAGAGGGAGGCUCUGGAUGCUUAAAAGAGCUGGCGGGGAGAGAGGCUGGGGAGAACCCGGGGGAGACCCACUGACACACAGAAAGGAAAGAGACCGAGGAGGAGAGAGACAGAGACAAAGAGACAGCCAAAGGAGACAGAGACAGAGCAGGCACUGAGACAGAGCCACACAACUGGGCAGAGGGUGAAGCCAGAGAAGCUGAAGAAGACACAGACAGGGAGAGACAAAGACCCAGGAGAGAAGUGCACAGGAGGAAGUUUUGGAGGAGAGAGGUCCCUAGGCACUUUUCCUGAGCCCAGGGACAGUUUUCUUCAUCGUCUCUGAACGUCUCUAGCCCCUCUAAAAACUUCGCCUCAGAUCUUGGCACAAGUCCGAGCCCCUCCGGCUUUACCGAGGAGCUUUCCACAGUGAGGGUGUGGAGGACCUGGUGCCUCAGAUGGCCUCAAUCCAUCCCAGCUGCAGCACCGGUACCAUGUCCCAGAUGGGCUUGCAUCCCGGGAGGGGCUUGACUGGGCACUGGCUGCGAAGAGUCCCUGUCGGCUCGCAGCUUCACAGCGUGCCUUUCUCUGGUCUGGUGUGGUGGUGGUGGCGGCGGCGGCUGCUGCUGCUGCUGCUGGCUUCCCUCCUGCCCUCUGCCUGGUCAGCCCACCCCCUGCCCCGGGAGGAGGAAAUCGUGUUCCCAGAGAAGCUCAAUGGCAGCAUCUUGCCCGGCUCCGGUACCCCUGCCAGGCUCCUGUGCCGCUUGCCAGCCUUCGGGGAGGUGCUACUCCUGGAACUAGAGCAGGACCCCGGGGUGCAGGUAGAGGGGCUGACGGUGCAGUACCUGGGCCAGGCACCUGAGAUGCUGGGUGGGGCAGAGCCAGGUACCUACCUGACGGGCACCAUCAACGGAGAUCCGGAGUCGGUGGCAUCUCUGCACUGGGACGGGGGAGCCCUACUAGGGGUGUUGCAGUACCGGGGGGCUGAACUCCACCUCCAACCUCUGGAGGGAGGCACCCUUAACUCUGCUGGGGGACCAGGGGCUCACAUUCUACGCCGGAAGAGUCCUGCCAGCAGCCAAGGUCCCAUGUGCAACGUCAAGGCUCCUUCUGGGAGCCCCAAUCCCAUUCCCCGAAGAACCAAGCGCUUUGCUUCUCUGAGUAGAUUCGUGGAGACACUGGUGGUGGCCGACGACAAGAUGGCGGCAUUUCAUGGGACAGGGUUAAAGCGCUACCUGCUGACAGUUAUGGCAGCGGCAGCCAAGGCCUUUAAGCACCCAAGCAUCCGAAACCCGGUCAGCUUGGUGGUGACUCGGCUAGUGAUCCUGGGGUCAGGCCAGGAAGGGCCCCAAGUGGAGCCAAGUGCGGCCCAGACCCUACGCAGCUUCUGUACCUGGCAGCGGGGCCUCAAUACCCCUGAGGACUCAGAUCCUGACCAUUUUGACACAGCCAUUCUGUUCACCCGUCAGGACCUGUGUGGGGUCUCGACUUGUGACACCCUGGGUAUGGCUGAUGUGGGCACAGUGUGCGAUCCAGCACGGAGCUGUGCUAUCGUGGAGGACGAUGGACUCCAGUCAGCCUUCACUGCUGCUCACGAACUGGGCCAUGUCUUCAACAUGCUCCACGAUAACUCCAAGCCAUGUGUCAGUCUGAAUGGGCACGGGGGCUCCUCUCGCCACGUCAUGGCUCCUGUCAUGGCUCACGUGGAUCCUGAGGAGCCCUGGUCCCCGUGCAGUGCCCGCUUCAUCACGGACUUCCUGGACAAUGGCUAUGGGCACUGUCUCUUAGACAAACCAGAGGCUCCCCUGCAUCUGCCCGUGACGUUCCCUGGCAAGGACUAUGAUGCUGACCGCCAGUGCCAACUGACCUUUGGGCCCGACUCCCACCAUUGUCCACAGCUGCCACCACCCUGUGCCGCCCUCUGGUGCUCCGGCCAUCUCAACGGCCACGCUAUGUGCCAGACUAAGCACUCACCCUGGGCUGAUGGCACUCCCUGCGGACCCACACAGGCCUGCAUGGGCGGCCGCUGUCUUCACGUGGACCAGCUCAAGGACUUCAAUAUUCCACAGGCUGGAGGCUGGGGUCCCUGGGGACCGUGGGGUGACUGCUCCAGGAGCUGUGGGGGUGGUGUCCAGUUCUCCUCCCGGGACUGCACGAGGCCCGUCCCCCGGAAUGGCGGCAAGUACUGCGAGGGCCGCCGCACCCGCUUCCGCUCCUGCAACACUGACAAUUGCCCCAGUGGCUCAGCAUUGACCUUCCGUGAGGAGCAGUGUGCCGCCUACAACCACAGGACUGACCUCUUCAAGAGCUUUCCAGGACCCAUGGACUGGGUCCCACGCUACACGGGUGUAGCCCCUCGAGACCAGUGCAAACUCACCUGCCAGGCCCGGGCACUGGGUUACUACUACGUACUGGAGCCACGGGUGGCAGAUGGAACUCCCUGUUCCCCAGACAGCUCCUCAGUCUGUGUCCAGGGGCGCUGCAUCCAUGCUGGCUGUGACCGGAUUAUUGGCUCCAAAAAGAAGUUUGACAAGUGCAUGGUGUGCGGCGGCAAUGGUUCAAGCUGCAGCAAGCAAUCGGGCUCCUUCAAAAAAUUCAGGUACGGAUACAGCGAUGUGGUCACUAUCCCUGCUGGGGCCACCCACAUCCUUGUACGGCAGCAGGGGGGUUCCGGCCCCAGGAGCAUCUACCUGGCCCUGAGGCUUCUAGAUGGUUCCUACGCCCUCAACGGUGAAUACACGCUGAUGCCCUCCCCCACAGAUGUGGUACUUCCCGGGGCAGUCAGCUUGCGCUAUAGCGGAGCCACGGCAGCCUCAGAGACACUGUCUGGACAUGGGCCACUGACCCAGCCCUUGACGCUGCAAGUCUUGGUGGCUGGCAACCCCCAGAAUGCACGUCUGCGGUACAGCUUCUUCGUUCCACGGCCAGUCCCUUCCACACCACGCCCUCCUCCCCAAGACUGGCUGCAUCGCCGGGCACAGAUUCUGCAGAUCCUUCGGAAGCGGCCCUGGGCAGGCAGGAAAUAACCUCACUGUCCCGGCUGCCCUUUUGGGGUGCCGGGGCCUCGGACUCAUCUGCGAGAAUGAGGGGGUUUCUGCAGCUGCCUCAUGCUCAAACACAGUAGGGAAGUGCUGUAGGGGGUGAGACCUGCCCUGCCUCUCUGCCCUAAACUGCAGGCUGGCCCUGCCCUGGCUUCCUGCCCUGGGAGGCAGUGAUAUAUAGGUGAAUGGAAAGGGGUUAGGAGACAGGCCCCUAUCUGAACUGCCCCCUCUGCCCUGCAGGUCACAGGAGGGAAAGGGGAAGGCAGGAUGACUCCUGGAUCCCAGUUGUAUUUAUUUAGUAUUUAUUCACUUUUAUUUAGCACCAGGGAAGGGGACUAGGGCCUUGGGGAAACUCAACCCUGACAGCCCCACCCUAGCUAUGAAAUCCAGGGUGGUGGUGACGAAUAUAAGUGGUGUGUGUGUGUGUGUGUGUGUGUGUGUGUGUGUGUGUGUGUGUGUUUAUGUAUGAGGUACAACUUGCCCUGCUUUCCUCUCCCUGGUUUUUUUGGUGGGUGGGGGUGAGAGACGGGGAAAGGGAGAGCCAAAGGCAGGAUUGGCCUUCAGGGAGUGAGGGAUUAUCAUAUUUUUAAAUGUACAUAUUGAAGUCUGCUAUUUAUAUGCUCCUUUUGGGGUCAGACAAAUGUGGGUUGCACCUUGGCUCCACAUCUUUGAGCGUGUGUUGUUUUCUUGUUUGCCAGUAAUAAUUCCUCCCUUAGAAAUGUGUUAUAAGGGUUAAGUAAUGUAAAUAAAGAACUAGCAUAUUGCCUCACCCUCUACGGGUGCUCAACAAAUGCCAA